AUGAAGUUACUAAUUUCUACUAUUCUCAUUGGAAUAUUUGCUACAAUCGGCGCCGUGGAAGCGGAUGAUGCAUGGCAGCAGCUGACAAAAGGCUUCAGCGAUAUAUCAACACUAUCUGCCCUAAAAGAGGCAGCACAGACGCCUUUCAAUACCACGGACACGUCUUCCAGGGCCCAGAGAGCUUGCGGUCUUGCGAAACUAUUAUUCCAUUACCCUGAUAAUCGAGAUGCGAUUCCCGGCUACAUUACUCAACAGUCAACACUAUACCUAAACAUCACCCGGCAUUACUGGUCAGAUAAUUGCUGGCAGAAUACUUCAUGUAUUGUGUCUCCAAUGAACGCAAGAGAAGUGGCACGAAUCAUGGCUAUUGUUCGGUUUACGCAGACGCGCUUCUCAGUGCGAAGCGGAGGACAUGAUUUCAACGUCAACCACAGCAGCACGAAUCACGAUGGCAUUUUGAUCAACGUGGCUAAUUUCAACAGCAUCUCGCUCAGCGCAGACAAAGGAAGCCUGACCGUCGGCGUUGGCAGCCGCUGGGGGGCUGUCUACAGCGCUUUGAACGGCACAGGGGUGUCAGUGAAUGGCGCUCGAAGCCCCAAUCCAGCAGUCGGUGGACAGACACUCGGCGGUGGAAUUGGAUGGUUCACAAAUCAGGCCGGCGUCACUGCAGCAUCUGUCAUUGCUGCAGAAGUCGUGUUGGCCAAUUCGUCGCGACUGGGUGCUAACGAUACCAAUGCGAAUAUCGUCUAUCAAUUGUCAGAAGACACGACAGAGGCACAGUCCUUUGUUGCUUUUCUCUAUCUCAAUCCUAAUGUACAUGGACCAUCAGUGUUCAGUCCAUUCGAUAACAUCAAUCCGGCCGGAGUGAUGAUCAAUGCCACCGUUGGAACUGUCGCCGAUUUGACGGCCAAUUUCGACACUUUGCAAUAUCCGGAUGCAGGAGUACCCCCAUCAAGGGACUACGUAGUCUCGCUGCCACACACAGUUGACAAAGCAACGUACCAGGAAAGCUAUACGGCCUUUGCGGCGUAUGCAAAACAAGCCAUGAUCGCCGGCUGGAGCAUGGCUUACGGUGCACAGCCGAUAUCCAUGUACGCCGUGCGCGAAUCGUCGAACACGCCACUCAACUUGAGCGAUGUCGAUCAGGACUGGUUCCAUGUGACGGCGCAGUGGACAUCGCCUGACGACGAUGGAGGCGUAAUGCAGCUCAUUCACCAUAUUGGCAGCGACAUUGCCGCGUCAGCGUCGCGCGAUGGGGCCAGCCUUGCAUAUCGGUUCAUGAACGAUGCCUAUGACGGCCAGAAUGUCUUGUCCGGCUAUGGUGAGGGAAAUCUGGGGCGGCUGAGAGAGAUAGCCAACAAAUAUGAUCCCGAAGAACGAAACAAGCGAGGAACGAAGAUGGCACCCCAUUUCAUUUUUGGAACAGCCACGCUCGGCAUGGACCAGACGCAGUUCCACAACGCCGAAUCAGUCACAGCCCUUCUCCAAACCCUCGAAACGCUUGACAUUUACCGUCUUGACACCGGCACCCGCUACCCACCGCUCAAUCCUGGCAGGUCGGAACAGCUGAUUGGCGAGGUGUCAAAGGAGUUGGGGAGCAAGUUCACGGUCGACACCAAGAUAUAUACGGACACGAAGACAGAUGGCAGUGAAGAUCUGAGCAGCGAAGCUAUACAGCAUUCAGUCAACGCGAGUUUGCGGCGGCUUCAGCGGGUAGAAGGGGUAAAUGUCCUCUAUGUACAUCGGCCUGAUCCUGCGACGCCCCUGGAGGAGCAGAUAGAAGAGUUUAAUAGGCAGAUAUCACAGGGCCAUUGCAAGGCUCUGUUUUUGGAUCUGUGUGAGCAUCAGGGCUGGCAGAAACCCAAUUGCUACCAGGGCAAUUACAAUCUGAUCACACGAGGAAUGGAGACAAGGCUCUUGCCAAUCCUCCGAGCUAAUGGUAUUUCCCAUAAUGCCUUUCAGCCACUCGCGGCAGGCUUCCUUACAGGGAAACUAGUAAACAACCAGCAUGAUGGCACUCGUUUUGGAGAUGAGAACCCACUCGGUAAAGCAGCACAGAAACUGUUUGAAGCGGCAGAAUUGCUUGACGCGAUGAAGACAUUUGAUACAAAAGUCAAAGCAUGCGGCCUAUCCUCUCUCGAUGUGGCUAUCCGAUGGAUUGCCCAUCACUCCGCGUUGUCGAAUGAUGAUGGCAUCAUUCUGGGUGCUAGUAAGACACCACAGAUAUCUGAAAUGGUGGAAAUGGCCCGAAAGGGCUCUUUGCCAGCGAAGGUGCUGGAUCUCACCGAAGAACUAUGGGAUGCAGUUAAAGAAAUACAGGGCCAAAUUAUCUAG